AUGGUUGAGGAGAGCCUACGUUUGCCUGAUUCACCGAAUGUAAACAGAUCAUGGAAAAGGAUUUCCACUGGAAAGCUGAGUUUUUUAUACAGCGAAGAGAAAAUCCUUCCUAACUAUCUGAGAUCCCCAACUGCUUCUUGUCACGAUGCUUGCAAAUACGGAAACAAACAUGAAUCUGAAGACAAGCCAAGAGUUUCUUCACCUCUCAAAAGAAGGGUUAACAAAAGCUUUGAUUCAACACCACUGAGGAAGAAGGCACUGACCAAUUCUGUGUUGAAUCCUUCUUAUGGUUAUGGCAAAUAUGAUUUUGGCGGUGGCUCUGAUCAUGAGAAACGCCAAGUUAUAAACUUUUCUGACAGAGCUUGUGAUGUUGAGAAUGUGACUGCAGAGGGAACAACAAAGAUAAAGGAAGCAUCUUUCUCAGAUUCGACUAAGCGAAAGAAGAAGAAGAAAAAGGCAGUUUCACAUAUUGAUGUGUCAAGGAGAAGAGCGUUAGAGAUGGUUGAGCAUAACAAGCGUGUCACUGCUUUGAAGCUGAAAUCUGUUGCACAAACCGCAGCUAUUGCUCUUCGGCGAAGUACUGUUACUGUGAAUAGGAAGAAGAUCAAUGUCGGAUCUAAAGCUGCAGAGCCAAAGAAAGUAGCUGUGCCUUUAAGAGCCUCAGUGUCCUCAAAACGUUGUUCCCGAAGCUUGAGGACAAAGAAGGAGAGUCAAGGCUUGAGCAGUGUUCCUCUGAGGAGAACUCGGAAACUUGUGGAUGAGAAGUGUAAAGACUUGGUUGAAGAGAAGACUCUCUAUGUUAUUAAGAUGAAAACAGGGAAUGAGACUGUUCAAUCUGAUCAGAACCAAAGAUGUGUCAUGGAUUUGCCUAGUGAUGAUCCGUCCUCAUCAUCACAACUAAAGAGCCAAGACGAAGCUGAGGAUAUUGUGACUGGUGAGCCAGAGACUGAAGCUGAUGAUGAAUCUUCCGAAGAAGAGGAUGAUAAUGUCUCAUUCUCUGAAGACAAGGACAGAACAAGACAAGGAAAGAGCAAAGAGUCGAUGAAACUGAGAUUGAAAAGAGGAAAGAUUGUAGAUUCUGGAUCACAAGGAAACAGUCCAAGAAAGCUCAAAUUCAAGAGAGGAAAAGUUGUCACAGGAGCUGACACAACCCCAAGAUCCGGUGGUCGGAGAAGCUUAAAGACCAACUUGAGCAACGACAAGGAACAGCAAGACAAAUCCAGUGAGUUGAAAGUUGUUCUGAAACACCAAGACACAGAGAAGAAGAGAGAUUCAGGAGUGUUGUUGUUCAACAAUGUGAUUGAGGAAACAGCUAAUAAGCUUGUGGAGACUCGCAAGAGCAAAGUUAAGGCUUUAGUGGGUGCUUUUGAGUCUGUCAUCUCUCUCCAAGAUAAGAAUUCUUCUGCAACUGCUUAA